GCUUUGGCGCUCCCCGGGACUCACCGCCACUCUCCCCGCACAGGCAGCUGUUCAUGCUUCUGCCGCUGCAGCCCCGGCCCGCAGCCCACGACCCAGCCCGGAACGCCCCGGCCCGACCUCAGGGAUCCGCGCCUGAGCGGCCCCGGGCGUGCCCUUGGGGGCCUGGGCGGGGAAGGGAGGAGAGGGGCGGGGGGAUUCCCGGUUUCUUGGCGGACCCUGGAAAUUGUCCUUAAAUAAAUACAUCCCUGCCCGAGGUUGAGCAGCCGCCUUGUCAGAGCAGCAUGCGGACCGGCUCGCCGGGUCCCCUGCGCGCUCUGUGGCUGCCGCCGCCGUCGCCGUCAGAGCAGCAGCUGCCCGCAGCAGGAACCCCGCGCGGGGCGGGGAGCGGGGACGCGCGGCCGCCGCGCCCCCUGCCCACUGCUGGCCGCUUCCUCUCGGGAGGCGGCAGUCACCGUUGCUGCUGAGAAGCCAGCCCGCAUUCCCAAGGCUGGUCGCCUGGCGAGGAAUUUGGACUCUGAGCCUCCUGCCCGGACCCGGACCCACAUGGCUUGUUACCUGGUCAUCAGUUCGAGACAUCUCAGCAAUGGGCACUACCGGGGCAUUAAAGGAGUCUUCAGAGGACCCCUCUGCAAGAACGGAUCUCCCUCUCCGGAUUUUGCAGAAAAGGAGAAGUCCACAGCAAAGGCCCUGGAAGACGUAAAGGCAAACUUUUACUGUGAAUUAUGUGACAAGCAGUAUCACAAACAUCAGGAAUUUGACAAUCAUAUUAAUUCCUAUGAUCAUGCUCAUAAGCAGAGACUGAAAGAAUUAAAGCAACGGGAAUUUGCUCGAAAUGUAGCUUCUAAGUCAUGGAAAGAUGAAAAGAAACAAGAAAAAGCACUUAAACGACUCCAUCAGCUGGCUGAGUUAAGGCAGCAAUCUGAAUGUGUUUCCGGAAAUGGACCAGCAUACAAAGCCCCCAGGGUAGCCAUAGAAAAGCAACUCCAGCAAGGAAUUUUCCCAGUUAAGAAUGGCAGAAAGAUAUCAUGCAUGAAGAGUGCACUUCUCCUAAAAGGAAGAAAUCUCCCCAGAAGCAUUUCCGAUAAACAACGGUCUACCAUGCCAAAUCGACACCAAUUACAAACAGACAGACAUUAUUUGUUUGGAAGUCGAAUAACACAAACAUCUUCAGAUCUCAGCAAUGCCAGUCACAGGACAGGAGUAUCAUUUUCUUUUUCCAAAAAAGUGCACCUAAAAUUAGAAUCUUCAGCGUCAGUUUUCAGUGAGAAUACAGAAGAAGCCAAUGAUUGUAAAUCACCUAUGUAUAAAACAAAACAAACUGCAGAGGAAUGCAAGUGCUGCAGGUUUGCAAAAGAUGAUACACACUUUACUAAGGAAGAAGAUGUAAACAUCUCACCAAGUCAUCUGGAAAGUGUUUUACACAAUACCUUCUCAAUAAGAUCUAACAUUGUACAAAACAAAAAUGACUCUAUUGAUGAGACCCUAGAAGAUUCAAUUGGCAUCCAUGCUUCAUUCUCUAAAUCUAACAUUCAUCUUUCAGAUGUAGAUUUUACUCCUUCAAGCAGAGAAAAAGAAACUAGAAAUACAUUGACGAACAUUUCAGAAAACCACAUUAAUCACUCAUGCCAAGCAAAUGCUUCCUUCAGCCCACCAAACAUUUACAAGCAUAGUAAUGGCAGGAUAUUUGAAUGUCUGGAUGAGUUUUCAUCACCAGAGCCAAGUGACCAAAAGAGUACUGUGCAUCUGAAUCCAAAUUCCAGAAUGGAGAACAGAGAGAAAUCUUUAGAUAAAACAGAAAGAAUUGGCAAAAAUGUGGAAAGACUUGUAAGAGAAGCAUGCACCCAUAAUGUGGCAUCUAAGUCAUUGCCUUUUCUCCAUGUUCAAAGCAAAGAUGGUCACACCACUCUUCAAUGGCCUACAGAACUUCUGCUUUUUACAAAAACAGAACCAUGUAUCUCUUAUGGCUGCAACCCACUAUAUUUUGAUUUUAAGCUUUCUCGGAAUGUAAAGAAUUCCCAUAAUUCAGAGGACUUAAAACCAGAAUUGGGUAAGGAACUCCUGAAAAGGAAGACUAAAAUAGAGAGCCAAGUCUCAGGUUUAAUCAAAGAUCAACAAAAAUUGAUCCCAGAGGAUAAUCAGUCUCUAAAACCAAAGAUGAUGAUAGCUAAACCAGAUUGGGAAAAUUUCCAGAGAAAAUAUGAUUUAGGCUACAACGAUUCUGAGCCAAGUAAAGAUGAGCAUAAUUUUAUUCCAAAUGAUUUGGAAAUGGAAAAUCCUGAAGUGCCUGCUUACCUUGAUACAUCUCUAAAGAAUUGCUUAGGAACCAGUAAUAAUAAUGGUAAUGAACUUAUGGAAUCUUCAAGGGCCCACUGGAAAAGCUGCAGAAGGUUACUUCUAAAUGAUGCAAAUGAGAGCCUAUCUUUUCCUCCUUAUAUUUCUAGGACUAAAACACAUAAACCAAUUCCUUGCAAUCCUCCUGCAGGGUUUGAAGAUGAAAACCAAUUCAACUGGAAUUCUAAUUGUUGUACAGUAGAAGAUCAUAGUGACCAUCAAAACGACUUCAGUGUAAUUUUGAAUAGUAACCACAUCAGCAUGACAAGUAGUAUUUCUGGAUGUGGAAACCGAAGUUACAGGAGAAGCUCUCCAAAGUCAUCUCUGACUGGACGUUCUAACUCUUUAGAUACAUCCCCUAGCAGCAUGUCCAGGUUGAGAAGUAGCUGUUCAAGUCAUAGGUAUGAUAGUAAUGGCAGAGAUAAUUGGCUCUACUUUUGUAAAAAAGAACACAGCUCAGUUGAAGGGCACAAACGGAAAUGCAGAAAGCGCAACUGCUUCUACUUGUCUGAUGAGAUAGCAAAGGGCAACCGAAUGCAGUCAGAAACACAGAAAGAGAGGAACUGCAAAUUGUGGGAGUCAUUUAAAAAUGAAAAAUAUUCAAAACAUAGAUAUUGUCACUGCAGAGAACGACAUAAACCAAGCAAAAAUCAACAAUUUUCAGGGCCAAAAUCUGUAAGAAUUCAUUGUGAUUCUAGCUCACAGGUUUCCUGUGUUGGAAGCAGUGAAAAACCACCUAUUUGCCAGAGAGCUCAGCAAAGACGGUGGGGCUCUUACUCAAGAGAGAGAAUUUAUUACUUAGAUAAAAGCAAGAGAAAUCAAGAGUCUUUGGACAACCCUCUCAUUUGUGAUCUGGGGAAAGUCACACCCAUGCAGUGUAACUCUGGGAAUGUCACUUGCCUUCUAAGGGACUGUUCCAGCGAAUCUUCAGAAACCAUGGAAUCGAAGAUUACAGAAGGAGGGAUGACACCUCUGACAGCCAAAAGCCUUUUAGAACGAGUACAAGCAAAGAAGUGUCAGGAACAAUCAAGUAAUUCUGAAGUCUCUUCAAACAGUUGUAAAAAGAAAUUAGAGGCUCAUUCACAAAUCCCAUGCACAAUUCAGCUUGUACCACCAGACUAUAAGAGACCAAUGUUGCCUUUGUCUGAGAAAAUACAGUAUACAAGUAAAAGAAGAAAUGAUAAAGGCAGUGUAAUUUCAAGAACUACUGAAAAAGACAAAAUCAAAACUUCACAGACAAAUAAUUUUACUGUUCUAGGAGACACUGAUUGUGAUAACCACCUUUCUAAGGAUAUAUUUCAUGUUGUAGCAGAGUCCCAGUCACUAAGCAUAAAAAGGAACCCACCAACAAAAGAACAGUCAAAACCUUUAAUUAGUGAAGUUCACUCUUUUAUUCAAAGUUGUGAUCCACUACCAAAUGAUUUCCCUGGUGCUUUCCCAUCUAAUAGUUAUACUGGUAUUUCUGAUUCAACAGAGACCAAAGAGAACCAAAUAAACUUAGACUUACAGGAUGUAAGCAUGCAUAUGAAUUAUGUAGAGGGAAAUGUAAACUCUUACUAUGACAGAACUAUGCAGAAGACUGAUAAAGUGGAAGACGAAUUAGAAGUAUGUCGUAAAUCUUUCUCUCCCCCUUUAAUUCAACAGCCCAUAACGUUUUCUCCCGAUGAAAUAGAUAAAUAUAAGCUCCUGCAGCUACAAGCCCAGCAGCAUAUGCAGAAACAGCUCCUAUCAAAGCAUCUUCGAGUUUUGCCUGCUGCAGGGCCAACUGCCUUCUCACCGGCCUCAGGUGUCCAGACAGUUCCAGUUCACCAGCAUGCUUCUAUAACCACCAUCCACCACACGUUCCUGCAACAUUUUGCUGUUUCUGCUUCCAUAAGUUCUCAUAGCAGUCACCUACCUAUCACUCACGUACAUCCUCUUUCACAGCCACAUUUCACUCCUAUCUCAUUUUCGGCUCUGACUCCAGCCAUCUUCCCAGCCCACCCGGCUUUCUUGGCAGGUCAUCCCCUGCAUUUAGUAGCUGCUGCCCCCUUUCACCCAUCUCACAUAACCCUUCAGCCCCUGCCCCCUUCAGCAUUAAUCCCCACAUUGUUUGGUCCUCACUUAAAUCCAGCCACAACUUCCAUCAUCCACUUUAAUCCUUUAAUCCAGCCAGUAUUCCAAGGUCAAGAUUUUUGCCAUCAUUCUUGCUCCAACCAGAUGCAACAGUUAAAUGGAGCGAAAGAGGCCUUAAAUGUGUCGGCACAUUUGAACUAAUAGGCAUCAAAGCUCUUCUUGUG